CUCGUUCGUGUUUGAUCCUAGUUCUUCCUGCUACACUGCGUUUGCAUAGCUGUGAACAAAGAUCAUCCACUGGAGCAUGACACUGGAGGUGACACGUCGAGUUUCAAAGAGAAAGAGCGUUAGUGAUGCAGCUCAACUCCAUCAACUCGGCCUCUUUUUCGACACGGAUCUUCAGCUCCAAAACUUGGCAGGCGAUCAAGACAAGCUAUUACUUGGCGCAACUACAGAUAAGCAGGACCUUGCUGCACAUGAGGUAGUGAGUGCUGCAGUCGUGGCUUAUGUCCAGGAGCUGCUUCUGGAGAGUUAUGAUAUGACGUUGAAAACGCUGGAGCUCAAAAGGAAUACAUCACGUCAGACAAGCACAAUAGUCGUGUCUUCGAAUGUCAAGUCAGCAAAGGCGAUUGUUUUACUUCUCUGUGAUGGCUUAUGGUUGAAGAAAAUCCAUGUCAAGGACUCCCUUCUUACAGUAUUGGCAUUUCUUGAAUGGGCUCACGGGCUUGGGAUGGCAGUGGUUCUUCUAAAUCCAAGCGAGGUGGCGUUCAACGAGCGAAAGCAAGCUGCAAGUGCCGACAUUUCGCUUGAGCACGUUCUAUGUGCAUGGGACUUCGUCUUCACAACUUUCCCUGGCACGGUGCUCGCUGUCGUUGCUCACGGCUCUGGAGGAAAGCUCGCACUCGAUCUGUUAAGCCGCAGACAUGUCGUCCUUCCUGAAGAUUGGGAAGCUGUCCAGCGACUGAGAUGUUUCGCAUUCUGUAAUUCAGAGAUUCCAAGCGAUUCUUUGCAAGUGCUUUCUCGUCGGAAAUUGAAUUUCCUUGAGAGCAACUGCAUUAAUUGGGUCUCAGAAGACAAGCUGGCGACAGAAAGAAGCCCGAUAAAACAGGUGCCCUCUGGAGCAAAGACCCACGAGAAAGCUGCAGAGUUCGCUUUCAAUCCGAUGUGUAACUUCCUGUUGGCGAAUCUGACAGACGCAAGGAACUAAAUCCAUUUGAAGGAUGUACAAUUAGGACUGUACAUGCGAUUGUUAAGACUUGUGCUGACAGUUCCCUGUUUGUUCUCGAGCAGGGAUAUUGUCGAUGUUAUUGCUUUCUAUUGGUGCCGACUAUCUUGAGACGGAAGAUUGAUGAGAAAAAUAGAGAAGAGCCUUGCAUCAGCAAAGAAAUUUCACCCGGCCGUGAGCUCUGUUGAAAUGGAAAUCCAGGUCCUUCAGUUGCAAUCGUUUUGAGACCUGAAGAAGCGAACUGCAAAAUAGUGCGUUGUUUUGCUGGCUUGUGAGUCAAGUGAUGAACGUAGCGGCCGGCAUCGAAGUGCCAGCUGAAAUUUGCGCCGAUUCUUCUCGAAAAUGAAAAGCGGAGAGAGCAACAAAUCGUUUCCACGUUUGCUUCCUCGCUACCAGCGCCAUCAGUGAAAAAGCGGAACACAUUUAGCACACCACAUCUAUCCAUCGCGUUUGCUCCUGAACACUUAGACAAUGCGUGGAAUUACAAGAGAAAGAACUAAGAAACGGCGCCGAAAGGUGGUGGCCGAACAGUCCAUGGUGACAACGAAGGAAUGUCCGAACUUCCCUGCAGACAGCAAGCCUCGGAAACUGUUGAGGUCUAUUGUUGUUGGCGAAGACAGCAUCAGAGUGCGUAGCGGGCCAGCAGUGUCACAUCAUCUCCUGACGUUUUUUCACGAAGAAAACAUCCAAAAGCCUCAUCGCCAUUGUCGAUCACAAGGCGUGGAUCAUGCAAGAAACCAGUUCCUGGUGGAACCGUGGGCUAUAAAUCGAAGUCAUCCUGCAAGGUGCGCUCAUUAUGAAAAAGCUGGAUCCUUCGCUGUGUAUUCUAUCUUCAUGUCGAAUGUUGAAGAGCAAGCUGUUUUGAGAAGCCUCAUUGGACAUACCGCAUUACACCACCAAAGCGGUUUCUAUCUUUCAACCUGCGUUUGGCGAUUGCUUCUCGGUCAUGAAUACACGUGCUGGUAUGUAUCCUUCGGAUGCUGAUGAGAAGAUGGCUAUGGAUCUGGCUGGCAUGUUUCAGGUACGCAUAAAAUAUCUGUGUCGAUUUUGCUGCCAGGCGGCAGAUCGUAUGGAUCGCAAAGCAUGCUAGUGAAUGACUGAUGGAUCCAAGGCUUGAAGUAUUUGGUUCUUGAUGGAGUCUCAAGGUAUAAGAACGACCCUGAAAUUCUGGUGAUGACAAACCGUACCAGCGUUCGAGUUUGAGAAGAUCCAGUCCGAAUUUAUUUGAUUUUAUCUGGCAGGCCAAUGGGAAAAACGAUAAUGGAUGACCAUCAAAACAAUACAAUGAUGAGAGUUUUGAUGGGACGACAACCAUACAUUCUCGGAAUUACAUCGAGGUGCUGAAGAACAUCUGGACACGAGUACUAUUGAAACUAAGCCUUGCAUCACCAUUUAUCUCGAAGGUACGCUGCCAUUGUGUAAAACAGGACCGCCUGGUGUCCCUCAUCCUGGACAACCGGGUUCACGGUCACAUCGAUCAAGGUCUUGGAGGUAGACACGAUAUCUAGUUUCGCACGAACUCAGCUGUGCUGUGAGGAUCGAAAGGGCUGAAAAAGUUUCUUCUUCUUCUGAAUUGGAUUUAUUGCCUUUUGCUUGAAAAUAAAAUAAAAUCUGUUUCCCUUUG